AAAACAUGGACCAAGUUUUCAUAAAGAGUGGCUUCCCUGACCCUAGCCACCACUGUGACUUAUUAAGAUACUCUAUUUCUGACCUUAACAACCUCCUAAUUCAAAUAUUAUUUGCUUACACAGACAAGAAUGGGGAUGAUAAUAUAAACCAGUUUUUAAUCAAUAUUUCCCAACAGAAACUGCUUGAUAAGAUAUUAGUUACCAAAGAAAUCUGGAGUAUUUAUUAUUCACUUGAAGAACACAAGGAGAGCUCCAUUGAGUCGGAUAUAUUGCAUAAGAUCUUUAAUUCGGAGUAUACUGAGGAUAUGAUCCCGUUUUAUGUCCAGUCAAGGAAGAUCCUUACUCAGCUUAUUUUCGGAGAUCAUCAUAUUGACAAAAACACAUCUCUUGAUGACUCUUAUAUUGACGCAGAUCAGGCUGCUAAUGCUGCAGAGAGAAUAUUUGAACGAAUUCUACCUGAUAAAGGACUCUCAACUUCGACUGGGAAUGUGAUUAGGAACUUAGACAAGAUGUCUUACAACAGUUUAAUGCAAAUCUCAGCGCUUGAUUUUCUCCAUUUUUCAUUACUUGAAUACCAAAGGCUGCAGCUCCAGACUUAUCACGAUGAGGAGAUCAAGCAUGAGCAGCACAUUAGGAAACUAAAAGAGUGCACAGUGCCAAAAAUUGAUGACAUGUUUUAUAAGGACCCUUCUUUGAUAGUCAAAAAUUUCGACUAUGAAAAUGCAGUCUACCUUCCAAAAGAGCAUGCAAGAAAUAUUACUGAGGAUGAGGACGCCACUGCUCUUUAUGAGAAGAUAUGAAAAAUUGGCAUCCCAAUUUCUAAGUUCCAGAAUAAUCCUCCUAAGACUCGAGAUGAACAGAGAAGGAAGAGGAAUAAGGAAAAAAAGCCAUCCAGAAAGGAAGAAGACCAAAGUCCAAUUGAUAUCAUCUCCGGGAAGCAACCAAAGAAAGUUAUGAGACUAAAACAUGAAGAUAUGGAGCUAAAUGACAGAGAAGAGAGCAAGCUUAUCGAUAAGUCAAAGGAUCUUAAGAUGAAUUCUUCGAGGGAUAAGAGUAUGGACUUUCAGAAACAAAGUUUGUCCUCUGCUCCUGGAUAUGACCCAGAGUAUUCAAACCACAGAUCAUUGUUUACAAGGACUAUCUUUGAGAAAGAGCCUGAAUCUGAAUCUCCACCAGUAAACAUAACUCAAACAGAGUCAGUAACUAAGAAGACUGACAACUUUUCUAAUUUCCUAUUCAGACCUACUCAAAAGCCUUCCUUCUUGAGAAAACAUACUCUCGCAAAGACUGCACUGAGCUAUGAAGAAAGGAGAGAGUUACCCCAACCUGGUCAAAGGUCUGAUACAGUGACUGAAGAAAGUUACUAGAAUUUCAAAAGAGAGAGGAUUUGUAUUCUAAGUGAGAAUAAUACACUUUCACCACUAAAACAAUCUUCCUUAGACCUUACU